GGGCCGGGCAGGCACCAGGGGAGAUACAGCUUUUCCAGUCACUUUGCAUCUAUAUAUUAGUUUUUGCCCUAUCACCACCAGAUCAAGGAGGAGGGUUAAACAGUUUAAGAUGAGAAAAGUUGAUCUCUGUUUGAGCUCUGAAGGGACUGAAGUGAUUUUAGUUACAUCAAGUGAUGAAAAACAUCCCCCUGAAAAUAUAAUUGAUGGGAAUCCAGAAACAUUUUGGACCACCACAGGAAUGUUUCCCCAAGAGUUCAUUGCUUGUUUUCACAGACGUGUAAGAAUUGAAAAGCUUGUAAUCCAAAGUUACUUUGUAUGGACCUUGCGAAUUGAAAAGAGCACAUCUAAUGAGCCAGACAGUUUUGAGCAGUGGAUUGAAAGAGAGCUAGGACACACAGAGGGGCAGCUUCAAAAUGAAGAAAUUAUGGCACAUGAUGGCUAUGCCACUUACUUGAGAUUCAUUAUUACAUCGGCCUUUGAUCAUUUUGCAUCUGUGUAUAGCAUUUCUGCAGAGGGAAUAGCAGUCUCAAAUCUUUCUUAAUAAUUAUAACAAAAUGCUUUUGUAUGUUUUUUAACCC